AUGUUCCGUUUAACAACUUCAGUAACACUCCUGUGCGCCAUUACAUUUGUGAUUCUCUUCGAAUUAUGCACCACAUCAUCACCGUUCCAUACACCAGACCCACUGCAAACACACAUUCAACAGACUGCAGGCGGUUACCCGGACGGUCAGUUCGGGAAUGAACGAACGUUGUUGGGUGGUUAUGGAAAGCACAGGCGUGCCGUGCUUCUGAAGGCUUUAUAUGGAUGA